AUGAUCACCACCUCCGGGGAUGUCUCUCUGCAAUCGCAGGAAGUGGUGGCCAUGGGCGGAGAUCUGAACCCAAGGACAAAGAGGGGUCCAGGCAACUUCAACUCGGGCUUCACUCCACUACACAUGGCCUGUGCGUACGGCGUGAAGGAGCUUGUGGAGGCGCUCAUCAAGGCCGGCGCCGACCCUAACUGCCGGAACGACUUCGACUGGGGACCCCUGCUGGAAGUUUGCCAUCGUGGCUUUACGGCCAUCGCCGCGCUGUUGGUGAAAGCGGGGGCGGACGUGGCCCACAUCCCCGACGCAAAGGCUUCUUGCGGCGCGCACAUCAUGCGGGGGGCUCCGCAGUCUGCCCUAGGAGCGGCGGCCCGCGGGGGGUUUCAAACGGUGACAGUUACUGUAGCAUUAUAUGUCUACAAAUAG